CCCCGUUGCUAGGAGACGGAGAUGCGUCUUUAGCCUUGGGAGCCCUGCCUUACUGCUCUCCCAGGCUCUCCCUUACCUGAGGACUGAGAUUUAAGGUUCCAUUAUCCGCCAGGGGCAUUUCCAGAAGGCUCCUUUCUGGGGACGUUUUCCUCCUACCCCCUCUAGUUCUGGCCAAGGCAGGCCGAGGAUCCUCGCCCAGAUCCAGUUUCUCACCCAAGCUAUGUCUAAGAAGGGGAAAAAGGCCAAGAUUCCCCUGUCGGAUGAGGAGCAGCUGCUUCUGUUUCAGCAGAAGUUGCUUGCAGAGGAGGAGAUGGCCAAGAAGAAAGAGAGGCUCCUGAACCAAUUCUUGAAGGACAAGCUGGCCAAGGAGGAGCACAACAGUGCUAUGAACCUUAAUAAAAUUAAUACUCAAUGGAGAACAGUCCUUCGGGAAGUCAAGACCAGGGAGCUUCAUAAGGACAUUGAGAUCCUCAGCCAAACCUUUGAACGAGUGGUGGACUGCAAGGACAGUGUCAUCAAGUCUUUAGCAAAGGACCUGUCAGAAGCAGAGGAGCAGUACGCCCACGCCCUGCGCAGCCACUUGCACAACAUUGACCAGCUCUUGGCCCUGCAGAGAUGCCGGCUCAGCCUCCUCGAGGAAAAUUACAACAUGGAGCUGGAGUCCCUAACCAAGGAGUUUGAGACAGAAAGGAAGACAAUUGUUGACCAGCAUGAAAAAGAGAUUCGCUACCUACAAGAUGUCUUCAUGGCCAUGGAGCAAAACUAUAUAGAUUCUGAGUAUGAAAGCAAGCUGGAGUUCCAGAGCAUGUGGGAUGAUCUCAAAAACAAGAAUUUAGAAGAGAAGCACUUUUUAAGACUGCAACUGGAGAAUGCGGUAGAAGAUCUAUGGAGGAGAUUCCAGGAUGCACUCAAGAAUUACACUGAUGCCACAGAGGAUCGAAAGAUCGCCUUCGAGACUCUAAAGGUGAAGGACGAGAGGAGCUCCAAAGAGAUUGAAGCACAGAUGAAAAAAAUACAGAGACUACAGGAUUCCAUAAUUAUUUUAAAAGGCAAGAUCAUGGUGCACAGCCGCGAGAGUGAAGAACAGAACCAGGACAUUCGUGAUGACAAGGAGUUGGUCCUUGUACAACUGCAAAAACUGAAGGCCCAAAGAACUCAGGCCCGGGGAGUAUCACAGGAGAACUUGGUCAGACUCACCCUGGAAAGUAAUGCCACCCUCAAGGCCCUGAGGAAGACUGUCGACAAGGGUGAAAAGAUCCUUAAACUUGCUGAAAUAUGUAGGAAGUUUGAAACAGAGGAAGAAAAAGUGCUACCUUUCUAUUCUUCAGUAUUGACUCCCGAGGAGCAGGAAGAGAUAGAGAAAACUGACCCAGAGGAGUUUAAUGAGGAGCUUGCAAAGGCAAUAGCAGACUACACAGGCAUGGAGAAUUUCUGGAAAAGAUACAACAAAGUGAAACUGGAGCAACUGAGUCUCCAACACAGACGCACCCAGUUGUUAAAAAUCAACGAGAAGCUGCGGGAGAUGCUCAGGCAGUACUUGGAUGGCAUCUCAGUGAGUGAUGAGGUGCUGAGCCAGCUCAACCCACUCUUCAUUGUCAACCACCGCAGCAACUUACCCAGGCCCUUGUCCACACCUACAGCCGAACCAGGUGACAAAAAACCUCCAACCACUUACAACAUCAUUGAAGCUGCCCAUGUGAUCUCCCACAUCCUGUGAUACAAGGAGAAAAUACCUUUUCAACUCCCAGAGAAUGUUUUGAGAGACCCAAGGACUUUGCUAUUAAAAAUCUCCAUGGAGUUUA